AUGCCCCUGCCCUGCCCGCGCGCCGCGCCGCGCGCCCUGCUCUGCCCGCGCGCCGCGCCGCCGCGCGCCAUACCUCGCCCGUGCGCCCUACCUGAGCGCCACGCCCUCCCUUGCCGUGCGCCCUGCUCUGCCACUCUUACUGCAGUCAGGGACCUCCUCCUAGCACUUGACCCCACCGACCUCACUGUCGACUUGCUUGAGAAGCACCUCCUAGCAGCUGAGACUAGCAUAGUCGCUGUAGGCGCUUCUCGUGGCACUCCUCGCACCCCCUUCUUUGAGGGGUGUUCGCCCUCCCCCCUCCUCCCCUCAGUCGCCUCUGCUGUAGCUGUUGACUACCUUCGUGCUGAGGAGGUAGGAGCUGCGUCUGCCCCUAGUGGGAGGCGCCGCAGCGGCAAGGGCAGGGGAGGCAGGAGCAGUGGGGGUGGCAGAGGUGGAGGCGGUGGUGGGGGCGGUGGAGGAGGUGGAGGGGGCGGCGGUGGGGGAGGUAGUAGUGGUGGGGGUGGAGGGGCAGGUGGCGGCGGUGGUGGCGGCAGUGGGAGUGGUGGAGGCGACGAUGGUGGCGGCGGUGGUGGCAGCAGUGGGGGUGGAGGCGGCGGCAGUGGUGGAGGCCGGGGUGGUACCAGCCAGAGGGGAGGCCCUGGAGGUGGCCAGAGGCAGCAGCAGCGUCAGCCCCUCUCGUCUCAGGAGCUCCGUGAGUGGUUUGCUCAGCAUGGGGCUGCUGGGGGUAGUGGUCCCUGCCGGUAUGUCAUUCGCACAGACCCAAGUAUAGAGGCUGUUGCUCUAGGUGCUAGUGAGUCCGCUGCCCUAGGUGCUGGUGAGUCUGCUCUCUCUUGUACUGCGUCUGCUGCGGCCCUACACACCUUCACGCUUGACUCAGGUGCUUCCCGCUGUUUCUUUCGCGACAGUACCACCGUCACACGGCUCUCUGCACCUGUUGCUGUCUCUUUGGCUGACUCCUCUGGGGGCCCAGUCCUUGCACAUUCCUUCACUGUUCUGCCCUGUCCUGCGAUUCCGUCUGGGAAACUGUCACGUCUCCACCUCCCCUCGUUCUCUAAGAAAUUGGUGAGCACUGCUAUUCUCCAGGAUGCGGGGGUUGACACCUUCACCCCUGGACGGUCUCUACCUCCCCUCCCACCCUCGCCUGCCCCUCCCUGCCUUCCCUGUGUCGAGGGGCGGCAGCGCACAGCUCUUCACUCUUCCUUGUUCCCCCGGACAGAGGCUCCCUUGCAGACUCUCCACCUGGACGUCUGGGGCCCAGCCCGCGUCCGUGGACAGGGCCAUGAGCGGUAUUUUCUGCUGGUUGUCGACGACUACUCGCGUUACACCACGAUCUUCCCCUUGCGGCGCAAGGGGGAGGUUCCUGAUGUUAUGAUCCCUUGGAUCCGCGCUGUUCGUCUCCAGCUCCGCGAGCGGUUCAAGACGGACCUUCCAGUCCUGCGUCUGCACUCAGACACAGGUGGUGAGUUUUCUUCCGACCUCUUGCGGGCCUUCUGUCGUGCGGAGGGCAUUCGCCACACGUUCACGCUUCCGGCCUCUCCGCAGCAGAAUGGGGUUGCUGAGCGCCGCAUUGGCUUAGUCAUGGAGCUCAACCUCUGGCCCCGUGUCUCCUUGCCGGAGACCUCGCCCACACUGCGUUGGACGGGGGAGGUUGGCGAUGCGUCGGUGUUCCGGGUCUGGGAAUGUCGAGCCUUUGUGCGCGAUACGUCCGCGGACAAGCUCUCCUCCCGCGCCGUUCCCUGUGUCUUCCUUGGCUUUGUCCCUGACGCGCCUGGCUGGCAAUUUUACCACCCCACCUCGCGCCGUGUCCUGCCCUCUCAGGACGUCACGUUUGACAAGUGGGUUCCCUUUUACCGUCUCUUCUCCUACCGCACUGCCCCUCUCCCUCCCCCACCGCUCUUCCACGCACCAGGUCCUCCUCCGGUAGACCCCCUCCCCCCUCAGGGUCCUGCUCCCUCAGCUUGA